AGAAGACGACUCUGUUUGUUUUCCCUACUGCAGCUAAAGCUUGUCGAACACGACGGUGGCGCAGGCGGAGAAGAAUGGAUACUGAGGAGGCGGCGGCGACGAGGCACACAUGCCUGAAGCUCGAGAUUUCCGCCCCUGCGAACGAACCAAUCUUCGUCAAGGGAACGUGGUUCGAGAGUCGCUUCGACCUCGCCAUCACCGACGGCCUCCACUCUUGGGUCUGCCUCGCUAGGGAAGAGGAUGUGAGAGAUAGAGCGGCGCAGUGGGAUCAGCCAGUUUCCGAGUAUAUCCAAUUGGCGGAGAAGCACCUAGGGUUUCAAAUCCCUGGCUCGGUCUACAGGUUCGAUGAUGCCGGAGAUGGCUGCAAACGAGUUAGUGAUUCGCUUUUUUUCUUCUAAUUUUUGUCCCGUUUGGAACUUUGUGUUCAAUUUGGUUUGCUUUUGGAUUCCGAAUUCCCCUUAUGUGAAUCAAACGUCAUUAGAGGUUAGGAAGGUUGAAGGGAUUGUAUGAUUCGACCUUCUGAUGCUGUUAAUUAUGGAACCGACCCCAAAUCUGGAAUGUGGUUUUUGUAAUGGUUUGGUGGUGGUUUGAGGGGUUGCAGUUAUCAUGGAGCUUUGAAAAGGAAGGAAUGACGCUACAAUGGAGAUGGAAAUGUCAGCCAUCUCCUGAUAGUAAGAAGACGACUGCAGGGAUCUUGGAUUUUCUUAUGGAUGCAAACAUAAGGCUCAGUGAGGAAGUUGUUAGAAAGACUCGGUCAUUCGAGCGAGUCAAAGGGGAAGCUGAGAAAUGUUUGGCGCAAAGUGAGAAGUAUUGCAGUGAGAAACUGGAGUUUGAGUCUGACAUCUAUGCCAAGUUCCUUGCAGUUCUGAAUUCGAAGAAGCGGAAAAUUAGGGAGCUUCGAGAUCAACUCUCCAAGAAAGAAAUUUCGAAAAAGCAGCCAGCACAAGAAGUAGAAGAAGAUGAAGAGGAUAGCGAGGAGGAAGAAGAAGAGAAAGGAGAAUCGACUGACAGAACUGAAAGUUUCGAUGAAGGUAGUGACGGUGAGGGAAAAGAAGCUCAAGAGAAAGCAACAGCAACUUCGAAGGAUGUGACUUGGUCGACAAGCAGGAGAGGAAGGGGCAUUGGCACAAGGAGAAGAGGUACUCGCUAGGUAGGUUGGGGCUAGCCACUCAGAUCUCCCGAUGUAACUAGGAUAACUAGCAACUUGUAACAAAUUAUAAUCAGAACCUCUUACUCUUUUUUCUUCCCUUGCGAACAAUGCUCGAAAUUCGGUAUAGUCACAUCAGACAAUGAGUGCCCACUCAUCCAGGCAACGGCACUAGGAUCUCAAUUGCUCGAGCACAAAGUUGAUGGUUCUUAGGUUGGAGUUACAUCCAUUUGGUUGCAAUAGUGUUCUUCUUAAGCAACUGGUCCAAGCCUCUGCAGUCUCUCGAUCCACCUUCUUCGCACUUAUCAGCCAACUAGGAAUCAUGC